AUGGCCCUCCAACUCCUCCCCGUCGAGCUCCUCGACGCCAGCGCCACUCGCCUCCUUUACCGCCAUCUCACCCUCUCCGACCAUGCCCACAACCUUUCUCUCCUCUCCCUUCUCGCAUCCCACCCACACCUCGCCGCCCAUGUGCGCACCUUCACCGUCCACCUGGACGAUGUCGACUCCAAGCUCCUCCCUGAAUACGCCCACCUACAAAGCGCGUUGCGGAUCAUGACAAACAUCUCCGGCCUCUCCCUUUAUGUCGACUGCUCCGCCAGCUGGGUUCUCUCACCCCCAGUGACCGAGAGCAGCCACAAGACGGAUCACGUCCCCAUUUCCGCGCCCGCGGUCUACUCCCGCCUCGAGCAUCUGACAUGUAACUUCCCGCCCGACGCCCAUCUCACCUCCUUCCUCGGCCACACCCCCUCUCUUAUCUCCCUCGCCCUUUCCUCUGUCAUCCUCGGUGUUGACGUCGACUCGGACUUGGAAGACGAGCCCCCACCCCCGCCCCGCGUCCAGCUCCCACCGUCGCACAUCCCCCUUCUCGAGACGUACACGGGACCGGCCUAUCUCCUUCCCACCCUCGUCUCCCGGCCCCUCAAGGCCCUCCACCUCUCCGGUGACCUUGCCCUCGAACUCUUUGCCUCCGACACGGGCGCUCCGUCGGCGGCAGAGGCGAUGCUCCGUCUCCGACGCACCAGCGCCCGAGCCGAUCACACCCGGAACACGGCCAUCCCGUCCUCCGACGCUCCCCCGCUCCAAGUGAUGAGCGCGAUGUCCUCCUCCCCGCCCGCCGCGCUCAUCGACGUCCUCGCCCGCGUCUUCCCCAACAUCCAGUAUCUGCGCCUCGCCACUCCCUACGCGCUCUCUGACUUCCCGAGCCUGGAGUUCUACCCGCACAUCGCGGAGACGCUCUCCACUCUCCCCAACCUCUCUGUCUUCGAGCUCGGGGGCCGGCCAUGGGACUCGCGCGUCAAGCCCGCGACCUCGCCGUAUCACCCCCCUGAGAAGGAGUGGCUGUCGCCAUCGACGACCCCGCGGGGGUUCGCGCUCCCCGCAGAGGACGAGCUCGACGCGGAUCGCGACUACGACUUCGACGGCGCGUUCGCGGAUUGGUCGUACUAG